AUGUCCUCCUACUUGCGUAAGACGGAAAAAAGGACCGCAAGGGCGCGCGCGAGCUCGCGCGAGCGGGACCUCUGGCUGAGCCCCUACGGGCAGCCCGACGCGCUGCGGAGCUCGAAGCGCGACCGUGCACAACAGCGCGCCAAGGACCGGCAGCGGGCGCAGCGCAUCGCCCAGAAAACGGAGGCCGCGGCGCGGGAGCGCGCGCGGCACCGCGCCCUCGUCGCCGCGCGCGCCGCCUCGCCGGCGCGGCCGCGGCCUGCGAGCGUCCCGCCGCGGCGAGCGUCCCGCAAAAAGCCGGCCGCGGCGGGCGCCCCGCCACCGGGCUUCGCCGACUUCGCCGCGGCGCUGCGACGGGUCUGCGCCUACGUCACUGACGCGAGCGACGCGGACCUGCGCGCGGUCUACGACGGCGGCGGCCGCGAGGCCCGCCGCGCGGCGGCGACCCUCGGCUCGGCGUGCGGCCUCGCGGCGCGGGCGCGGCGACCGCUCAGGCCGCCGGACCCGCCGGACGUGGCGUUCGGCCGACGAAACGAUCGGCCACCAGCGUCGCCGCUGCGCGGUCGCGAGGACCGCGCCACGCGGCGGGCCCGGUCCAAGCGCGUCGCGCGGGCCGCCCGCGACAGCGUCGACCUGCUCGAACGGCUCAUGGGACCCGCGUCGCCGGAGUCGCCGACCCCUGCGAUCGACCGCGCCGCCGCCGCGGCGCUGCGGCGCGACCCCGACGACGACGAGGGCUUCGAUGGCGACGUCGCCGCGUCGCCCGUGUUUGAGGGCGGCGAGGCGUUCGAGGCCGAGAAUCCGAUCGAUCCGCUCGUCGCGGACGAAGUGGAGGCGCUCCUCGCGGGCGGCGUCGGCGCGGCCGACGCGGACGACGCGAUAUUGGCGGGCGGCGCCGACAUCGACGCGAUCCUAGCCGGGUCGCCCGUCGAGGGCGACGACGACCUUCUCGAGGGCUAA